GUCCUUGAUGUGGAUCACUUGAUGUUGAUCACGUUAUACAACCAGUUUGCCUUCUUUUUCACUUCAUGCGCUAUGCGUGUAUUUAAUAUAACCUGAGAAAUAACGAUUAUUGCCAUUUUAUUUAUAGAAAUACGUCGUGUUUUUAUUAUCCGAAAUUUAUUUAUACAAUGAUAAUAAAUUAUUGCGAGUGUUUUGUGUGUCAAGAAGAAAGACCGUGUUGGACUCUAACGCAACGAAGCAACAUUGAAUGAAGACGCAUUAGUUGAAAUAAUGGAAUACUGUCUUGUGCUCACUGUGCUUGUUUUGGUCGUUGGUGGUGUUUUUGGUGAAGUGGUGAAAGUGUCCGUAAAGGAGGGAGACAAAGUCACUCUAAACACUGAUAUAAUCAAAAAAGAGCAUGACAAGUUGCUGUGGUAUUUUGAAGACACUCGCAUCGCUCUGGUCAAUGGACAUCCCAACACGAGCUGUUUAUAUGAUGGAGAAGACGGGAGAUUCAGAGACAGACUGAAGGUGGACUAUGAGACUGGAUCUCUGAUCAUCACAAACAUCACAACUCAACACACUGGACGUUAUGAAGCAGAGAUCAUCAGAAGUGAGAGUUCGGGAAAAAGACAAAGUUUAAACAGAAACCGCAAGUGUGAUAGCAAAAAAAUCACCAAAAAAAUCACCAUCAGUCAUGAUGAUACCAUAAAAACUUUCAAUGUGAUCGUCACUGCUGCUCGAUCUGCUCAAGUCAAAAUCGACGAAGAGCCCCGUAUGGAGAAGAGCGAGUCUGACUUGGAUUCAGGUCUGUCUUCAGCUGCUGUAGCAGGAAUUGUUGUUGGUGUUAUUGCUGUUCUGCUGCUGACUGUUGUAGCUGCUGCUGUGAUUUACUCUCGCCGCAGGAGCUCCAGAAAUACAGCCAAGGAGAAAAACUACAAUAAAGGAUUACUGCAAAACGAUGAGGAGGUCCCAAAAGUGUGAUUAUAAAACAAGAAAAAACUGCUUACACUACUGUACCUUAAUGAAACACUGAUUGUAACACUGGACACACUCAUUUUAAGGCAAUAAGUGCACCAUUUUAGCUUUAAAAGGUAGCAUCAUAGGUUUGAUUUGGUGUGGUUUUAUCAUUCAUUUGUAAUCAUAUGAGUCUGCAAUACUUCCUAUAAUAUAUUAUAUAAUGUUUUCCAUUGCUAAUAUUUGGUAUGACUAUUUUGGUAUGACGACUGUAUGUAUUUUUGGAUGAAAUAACUGUGAAGUCUGGGCACAUCUGAACAGAGCAGGUUCUAGAAGUGACUUUGAAACUUAUGUUUCUUUGUGCAAUAAAUAAAGAUUUAGGAUGAAACAUAUACUUUAUGCACAGGACAAUUUUAGGAUUAUAUACCAGUCAAUAAUUAGCAAGUUUAUGUAUAGGUGACUAUAAUCAGAUGGUUGUACCAAAACAUUAUUCAAACAAAUGCAAACUUUUACUAUCACUGUACUGAAACUGCUGCUUCCAUUAUAUCAGAGGAUAAAUGAUCCUUCUAGCUUUGUCCAAUAACUGUAAUGUAUGUAUAAUAUUACUCAGCAUUCUGGAACUCCCAUUAAUUUCCUCUGUUGAGAAACUGAUUAAUGAUUCUGUAUAAACGACAGUGACAUGUAAGCAAUGCAAAAACUUAUUACAAAUCACGUGAAAAUUGAAGUUUGCAAUUUAAUCUAGAAUACUCAAUUUAAGUAAUGUAUCCUGAAUACUUAUAGAUUAAUUUUGAAAUGACUCUUUUAAGUGUAGCACGUUCUGCUUUACAUUUCAGGUUUAGGGAUGUGUCAGAUGUAAUUAAAACACAAACUUGACUGAUUUUCAUUUUCCAGCAAAUAAAGAUUACAACAUCUUGUUACUACAA